CUAAUUAAUCGCUCCACCAUUUUUUUGGGGAGGGAAAGAAAUUAAAGGGUUAUCGCAGCUAAGCUAGAUCGAUGACCCUGGUGCAGCAGUCCGCGCGGCGGCUCUUCUCGCCGGCGUCGGUGGCCGGCGGCCGCUCUCCCGUUGCUGACCUGCCGAAGGCCCUGUCGUCGCUGUGGAUGGCCGGCGCCGUGCCCCGACGGUUUGCUGGCACAGCGGCUGCGGGCGGUGUCGACGUGACGGCGAAGAAAGAGGAGCCGGAGAAGGAGGCGGCGAGCUACUGGGGCGUGGCGCCGACGAGGCUCGUCAAGGAGGACGGCACGGUGUGGAAGUGGUCCUGCUUCCGGCCGUGGGACACGUACGAAGCUGACGUGUCGAUAGAUCUGACGAAGCACCACGACCCGGUGACGCUGGGUGACAAAGUUGCCAGGUGGACGGUCAAGUCUUUGCGCUGGCCCGUUGACCUCUUCUUCCAGAGGAGGUACGGGUGCCGGGCGAUGAUGCUGGAGACGGUGGCGGCGGUGCCGGGGAUGGUGGCCGGCGCGGUGCUGCACCUCCGGUCGCUCCGGCGGAUCGAGCACAGCGGCGGGUGGAUCCGGGCGCUGCUGGAGGAGGCCGAGAACGAGCGGAUGCACCUGAUGACGUUCAUGGAGGUGUCGCAGCCGCGGUGGUACGAGCGCGCGCUGGUGGUCGCCGUCCAGGGCGUCUUCCUCCACGCCUACCUCGCCGCCUACCUCCUCUCGCCGCGCUUCGCCCACCGCGUCGUCGGCUACCUCGAGGAGGAGGCCGUCCACUCCUACACCGAGUUCCUCCGCGACCUCGACGCCGGCAAGAUCGACGACGUCCCGGCCCCCGCCAUCGCCAUCGACUACUGGCGCCUCCCCGCCGACGCCACGCUCAGGGACGUCGUCAUGGUCGUCCGCGCCGACGAGGCCCACCACCGCGACGUCAACCACUACGCCUCCGACAUACAUUACCAGGGGCAGGCGCUGCGGGAGGUGGCCGCGCCGCUGGGCUACCACUGAUCGAUGGAUUGAGAGCUUCGGAACGGACGGACACGAUCGAUCGAUCGCCAAAGGAUCAAUAAAUCCAUUAUCCAUAGAUAUACGGAGCACAUUAUUUGGACGCACGCAAUGGUCGUUGCAGUUUUCUCUUAACUUCUGUGUUUAUUUCAGAAAAUUUUACCCGUCUCGUGUGUUCGAUCGGUAUGGUUGUAUAUACCCGUGCCUUGUUAAUUUACUGUGCUUUUGGUUUCAGUUAAGGGAUGUGAUCAUGUGAAAAUUGAUUGGAACUGUGGACCAAUUUCAGCUAUACAUAUCUUGUCGCUGUUUACGUUAGCACUGGUGCGGUCCGGUCGUUUUUCAGAAAUUUCUUUCUG